CUCCUCCUGAUGAAGCUGAAACAGGUUUGUUGUUUUGCUGUCAGAGACAAAGGUUUCAGUCGACACACACGAUAAGAUGUCUCGGUGUCCCAGAGGUCUUCCAGGUCCAGCUGCAGCGUGAGAAACCCUCCAAUCAGAGCAGACAGGACCCAUCAGAGACCAGACCCUGCUGAACCUGAACCUGAACCUGAACCUGAACUUGAACUUGAACUUGAACUUGAACCCAGCUGUGUGUAAAUGAAGAGUCACCGCUACUUUAAAAAAGAAGGCGACCUGACCUCGAGUGAAUAGAAAUGGAGGACAGAGGAUUGAUGGAGAGACUUGAAUGGCAGAAGGAGCAAAUUGAAAGGGAAAUUGAAAUGUUAAGAAGAAGAUUGAGGACCCAGCAGAAACCAGAGUCUCCUGAACCUGAACCUGAACCUGAACCUGAACCUGAACCUGAACCUGAUCCUGAACCUGAACCUGAACCCAGCUGUGUGUCCUUCGAGAGUGACCGGUCAUAUCAAGACCUCAUUGACUUUAAAGGAGAGCAACCCUCUGAUGAAAAUAGGGUGGACCAGGAGAGCUCAGAGGUUCCCAGUGUUCAUUCUGUCCAGCAGCAUCAAACACACCUGGACUCCAUAUUUAUGCUGCUGGAGGAGAACAUCAUCACUUUUGUAAAGAACGAGCUGAAGAAGAUCCAGAAGCUUCUGAGUCCAGAUUACCCAGAAUGCUCAGAGAGUCAGAGGGAGGAUGAGGAUGAAGAGCAAAGGAGCAGCAGAGAGGCAUUUCUGAAGAUCACACUGCACUUCCUGAGGAGAAUGAAGCAGGACGAGCUGGCUGACUGUCUGCAGAGCAGAAGUCCAGCAAUAGUUUGUCGACGUAAACUCAAAUCUAAGCUAAACAAGAAGUUCCAGUGUGUGUUUGAGGGGAUCGCUAAAGCAGGAAACCCAACCCUUCUGAAUCAGAUGUUCACAGAGAUCUACAUCACAAAGGGAGGGACUGCAGAGGUCAAUGAAGAACAUGAGAUCAGACAGAUUGAAACAGCAUCCUGGAAACCAGACAAACCAGAAACAACAAUCAGACAUGAAGACAUCUUUAAAAUCCCACCUGGAAGAGAAGAACCAAUCAGAACAGUGAUGACAAAGGGAGUGGCUGGCAUCGGGAAAACAGUCUUAACACAGAAGUUCACUCUGGACUGGGCUGAAGAAAAAGCCAACCAGGACAUCCAGUUCACAUUUCCAUUCACCUUCAGAGAGCUGAAUGUGCUGAAAGAGAGAAAGUACAGCUUGGUGGAACUUGUUGAUUACUUCUUUAGUGAAACCAAAGAAGCAGGAAUCUGCCGGUUUGAAGAGUUCCCGGUUGUCUUCAUCUUUGAUGGUUUGGAUGAGUGUCGACUUCCUCUGGACUUCCUCAACACUGAGAUCCUGACUGAUGUAACUGAGUCCACCUCAGUGGGUGUGCUGCUGACAAACCUCAUCAGGGGGAAACUGCUUCCCUCUGCUCGCCUCUGGAUAACCACACGACCUGCAGCAGCCAAUCAGAUCCCUCCUGAGUGUGUUGACAUGGUGACAGAGGUCAGAGGGUUCACUAACCCACAGAAGGAGGAGUACUUCAGGAAGAGAUUCAGAGACAAGAAGCAGGCCAGCAGAAUCAUCUCCCACAUCAAGACAUCACGAAGCCUCCACAUCAUGUGUCACAUCCCAAUCUUCUGCUGGAUCACUGCUACAGUUCUGGAGGAUGUGUUGAAGACCAGAAAGGGAGGAGAGCUGCCCAAGACCCUGACUGAGAUGUACAUCCACUUCCUGGUGGUUCAGUCCAAAGUGAAGAACAUCAAGUAUGAUGGAGGAGCUGAGACAGAUCCACACUGGAGUUUAGACACCAGGAAGAUGAUCAAGUCUCUGGGAAAACUGGCUUUUGAGCAGCUACAGAAAGGCAACCUGAUCUUCUAUGAAUCAGACCUGACAGAGUGUGGCAUCGAUAUCAGAGCAGCCUCAGUGUACUCAGGAGUGUUCACACAGAUCUUUAAAGAGGAGAGAGGACUGUACCAGGACAAGGUGUUCAGCUUCGUCCAUCUGAGUGUUCAGGAGUUUCUGGCUGCUCUUCAUGUCCAUCUGACAUUCACCAACUCUGGAGUCAACCUGCUGGCAGAAGAACAAACAACAUCAACACAGUUCUACCAGAGUGCUGUGGACAAGGCCUUACAGAGUCCAAAUGGACACCUGGACUUGUUCCUGCGCUUCCUCCUGGGUCUUUCUCUGCAGACCAAUCAAAAUCUUCUACGAAGUCUGUUGAGACAGACAGGAAGUAGCUCAGAGACCAAUCAGGAAACAGUGGAGUACAUUAAGAAGAUCAGUGAGAAUCUUUCUACAGAGAGAAGUAUCAAUCUGUUCCACUGUCUGAAUGAACUGAAUGAUCGUUCUCUAGUGGAGCAGAUCCAACAGUCCCUGAGAUCAGGAAGUCUCUCCACAGAUAAACUGUCUCCUGGUCAGUGGUCAGCUCUGGGCUUCAUCUUACUGUCAUCAGAAGAAGAUCUGGACGUGUUUGACCUGAAGAAAUACCGGGCUACAGAGGAUGUUCUUCUGAGGCUACUGCCAGUGGUCAAAGCUUCCAACAAAGCUCUACUGAGUGGCUGUAAUCUGUCAGAAAGAAGCUGUGAAGCUCUGUGCUCAGUUCUCAGCUCCCAGUCCUCUAGUCUGAGAGAGCUGGACCUGAGUAACAACAACCUGCAUGAUUCAGGAGUGAAGCUGAUCUCUGUUGGACUGAAGAGUCCACACUGCACACUGGAGACUCUCAGUCUGUCAGGCUGUCUGAUCUCAGAGGAAGGCUGUUUUUCUCUGGUAUCAGCUCUGAGCUCCAACCCCUCCCAUCUGAGAGAAGUGGACCUGAGCUACAAUCAUCCAGGAGACUCAGGAGUGAUGCUACUGUCAGCGGGACUGGAAACUCUCAGGGUGGAGCCUGCUGGAGUCAGAUGGUUGACACCAGGUCUGAGGAAGUAUUCCUGUGAACUCACACUGGACACAAGCACAGUGAACAGAAAACUCAAACUGUCUCACAACAACAGGAAGGUGACACGUGUCAAGGAGGUUCAGCCAUAUCCUGAUCAUCCAGAGAGGUUUGACAACUGUCUUCAGCUGCUAUGUAGAGAGGGUCUGACUGGUCGCUGUUACUGGGAGGUUGAGUGGAGAGGAUGGGUUUAUAUAUCAGUGAGUUACAGAGGAAUCAGGAGGAGUGGAGACAGUGUUGACUGUUGGUUUGGAGGUAGUGAUCAGUCCUGGAGUCUGAGGUGCUCUGAUGGUAGUCGUUACUCUGUCUGGCACAAUAAGAGAGAAACAUCCAUCUCCUCCUCCUCCUCUAUCUCUGAUAGAGUAGCAGUGUAUGUGGACUGUCCUGCUGGCUCUCUGUCCUUCUACACAGUCUCCUCUGACUCACUGAUCCACCUCCACACCUUCAACACCACAUUCACUCAGCCUCUUUAUCCUGGGUUCUGGGUUGGUUCUGGUUCCUCAGUGUUUCUGUGUUCUGUGUAGGACGGAGAGUCUCCUCCUGUUUCUCACUGCUGAUCAGUUGAGUCUGUACAGGAUCACACUUAAAGAAAUAUUUCAGGUUAU